AUGACCGCUCCGCAGCCCAACCCUACAGGACUUCUCGGGCAGGAAUCCCUUCCACCGGCAACACCAUCGCCAGGCCUUAACGCAGUUUCCAUCAAGAUUCCCCCGUUCUGGCCCGCCAACCCCAUUCUUUGGUUCGCUAACAUCGAGGCGCAAUUCAUACUCCGAGGUGUUACCACCCAGCUAACCAAAUUUUACCACGUUGUCGGCGCCCUCGGACCUAAUGAAGCAGCAGAGGAGCGCCUGAGGCAACUCCUCACCGCUGAAGUCUUCGGUGACAGAAGGCCGUCCCAGCUGCUCCGCCGAAUGCAACAACUCUUGGGCGACCGCGCUUCAGCACUGGACGAUUCCAUCUUGCGCGAGCUAUUUUUGCAGCGGCUCCCGAACACGGUACGCAUGAUUCUAACGACCUCCACCGCAGUCUCCCUCGAAGCCUUGGCCGAGAUGGCUGAUAAGAUAAUGGACAUCGCACCGCCAACCAUUUCUGCGGUAUCACCGCAACCCCACGCGGUUUCCCCACUUUCGGCCACUCCCACGAUGUCAGACUUCCAGAUCCUCCGUGACAGGGUCGCGCGGCUGACCGACAUGGUUUCGACUUUACUUUUCAACCGCCGCUCCACAACACCCAGGCACCGUAGUCCUCGUCGAAGCAGUCGGCGCCGCAGCCCCUCCAACCGCUCGCUGUCCCCCAACCCAUGCGAGUGCUGGUACCACCAGACUUUCGGAGCCAGUGCACGCAACUGCCAGCCUCCCUGCACCUAUCCGGGAAAGGGGGGAGUCAGCAACUGA